CCUCUGAAUACGCCGGGUCAUGUGAGAAUGGACGAUACGGAUGAAAUAGAUUUUCUUAAUUAUGUUUCUUCCGGACAAUAUGAGAGACCCCGUGAGCCCGUUUUAAUAAAAGGCUGUGGGGAUGUAACAAUGUGAGUCACUUUUUCGAAAAGUUAAACAUUUGUAGUAGUUUGUGAAUAGUCCCGAAAAUAAAGUUUCUUUUGCCUGGCCAUUCUAAAAUCCCAUUCACUCAGAAUUCUCCUCACAUCUGCAGUGAACACUUGUAUUGCAUGCUUGCCAGUGUCUAUUUUUGAGAUAAUAAUAUUAAUAAGUUGACUCCUAGUAUGUAUAGUUAUAAAUUUUCAUGAAGCCUUACAAGUACAGUAAUCGAAUGACCCCUCCAUGUUUUCAGAGAGCUUUAAUCAACAGGUAUAAUUUUCCUCAAAUUUUUAUAAAACUAUUCAGUUUUGAAAGUGUUGUCAAUUUCCGAUCAGAAUUGCUUAGUGUCCUAACAUGAUUACAUCAGUAAAUAACUAACAAAAAAGCAGUACGUCGCGAAAGAUGUAUGAGGAGUUUUAAGUAGCAAUUUAAUGAACUUCACCACACCAAUACCCUGAGCAAAGAGUUGUUUGUUCCUAAAAUUCGCAAGUUAGAAAGCCUAUACGAAUAAACUGAUUGUAUAUUUAUUCUCACCCAACACGUGAUCUAAUGAAAUGUUCUCUGUAGCUGCUGCCACUGGUUUGAGCAGGACUUGACAGUAAUCGGAGUUCUCCAAUCCUCUCAACUUUACAUCCUAUCAUCGAAUACUUCAAAUCGUUAGCAUCACGCGAUCAGAUGUCGGUAAAUGUGGAGACAAUCUUCCCCAAAACUUGAAUUACUAUUCUUCUGCAAACCAUUUUAUGUAUUUUCAAUGUAUUGAUCAAGCUGAAAUUUAACUGUGUUUCUACACAGUUAUACUUUGGUAUGAACAAUAAAUUCAAGGAAGAAUUCCCUAAUGAAUUACAUGGUAAACUAGCACCUGAAGAAUUUGAGGAAAGUAUACGUAAAAUAAAUGAGCGCUUGGAGAAUUCACUACCUAGUCAUGUUAGAUGGUUUAUUUGUGGGUUAUUGUGUUGUUGUUGUACAGCUGGCUGCUCACUAUGGCCAGUAAUUCAUUUAAGCAGACGAACCAAAAGAGAUCUACAAAAAAUACUGGAAGCUGAAAAUAUUCGAUUGUAUUGUAAUAUUGGUUUACGUUUGUCUUUGGUCAAACAGCGGUCUUCCGAAACAACAACACUGAUGGAAUACGUAUGUUUCCAAAGCUUGUUUUAAUCGUG